AUUUGGAUUGCUUCGGGGUAUAUCGGCGUUUACGUCAACAAAUCACUUGUCAACAAGAAAAAACAAGCCACAUCUUUUCUAAAACAUUUAAUGAUAAAAUAGGUUCUUAAGCCGGCCGCAGGAUGUUUCGAGUAAUGGGCUCGAUGAUGCCCUAUAGAAAUAGGGCAUAUGACAUUUAUCGACGCAACUUUAGCGAAGCAUCCGCAGUAGGAUUUUUGUCUGCUUUACUGUUUACAGUUUUCUCAACAGGUGUAGAAAAUCUGGUCGAUUUUGGUGUAAAAUGGAUGGAGUUGACAGGAAUCCCGUAUCAAAUGAACAUCGCACUGCUGGGUUUUAUAGUUGGCUAUGGAACCACGAAGAUGUUUCUUCUGAUGAGGAUGCAUUUGUUUAAAAUGCUCCUUGCCUACCAGGGUUGGAUGUUUAACCCAAAAUCGACGACAACAAAGAUGUGGGCAUUGAUGCUGGGUCUGUUGAGAGGAAACGGCAGGUAUCCAUGCUUCUAUUUUGAGCCCCUGUUGCCGCGACUACCAAUACCAGAACUCAAUGCCACCCUAGACAGGUUUCUGACCUCAAUGAAGCCAAUUGUCCCUGAGGAAGAGUACAUCCAGCUGCUGACAGACACAGAGACAUUCAGAGUGAAGGAGGGGCCAAAGAUACACCAGUACCUCAAACAGAGGUCAGUAAACAAGCGUAAUUGGCUUGCAGAGUUCUGGCUUCAGUACGCCUACCUUGGCUGGAGAGAGCCGUGUGCAGUAAAUGUGAACUGCUUUGCCCUUGACAGAAGAACUCUACCAUCUACCAAUCAGCUGGCCAGGACUGCAAACCUCAUCUACAAUAUUGUGGGGUACUAUGUGCAGAUCUGUGAUGAGUCUCUGGUGCCCCAGUACAUGCAGGACCUGAUCCCCAUUACCAUGGAUGGAUACAAGAAAACCUACUGCACAGUCAGACGACCGAAGCCGUUCAUGGAUGAAAUUGUAUCGUACAAUGAUCAGAAACAUGUGGUCAUUUACCGAAAGGGAGUGUACUUCACCAUGGACGUUUUUAAGACCGACAGCGAUGGGAAAGAAGUUCAGGUCUCGGUCCCGGAAAUUCAUGCUCAGUUGCAGAGGAUCUGUGAAAUGGCUGAUGAUUCAAAGGACACUUGUCCAAUUGGUGUGUUUACUGCUCAGAACAGGGACUACUGGGCGAAGGCUCGGGAGAAGUUGGUGGCUAAGGAUGUGAACAGGGAAAGCCUUGAAGUGAUUGACAGCAGCCUGACUAUAAUCUUCCUAGAUGAGGAAAGGCCAAAGGAUGUGGAUGAAGAAGCUAUGUUCUCCAUGACCGGACAAGGAACAAACAGAUACUUUGACAAAGCCCUCCAGUACAUUUCCUACGCCAAUGGCAAAAUAGGGGUGAAUGCUGAACACGCAUGCAGUGAUGCUACGAUGCCAGGUCGCAUCUGGGAAUACAUUUUGGCCAAGGAGCAGUACAAUGAAGAUGGAAGUGUCCCCAAAGCCCCUGAGGCCAUUGUGCAGAAACUACAGACACCAACCAAACUUGAAUGGGACCUAUGCGAUGUUGAAAAUGAAAUCACUGAAUCUCUUGAACACUUCAAGAAACUGGCGAACGGUUUUGUGUCAAAGAGUGUGUUCGCGGAUUAUGGCAAAGGCUUCAUCAAAACCAAGAGGCUCAGUCCUGAUGGAUACAUACAGAUGGCGAUUCAACUGGCAUACUUUAAGCUGAAUGGAAAAUGUGUGAAAACAUAUGAGUCUGCAUCCACGAGAAUGUUUGCUGAUGGGCGUACUGAAACAAUACGACCAGUGACGGAGUCUUCAGUAGCCUGGUGCAAGGCCAUGUCGCUGAUGAAAGGGACAACUCGGGAACAGAAGAUCUUGCUACUGAAACGGGCCAUCAACGCACAGACCAAGCUGAAGAACGAGGCCGUGGUAGGGCUCGGGUGGGAUCGUCACAUGUUUGGGCUGUUUGCCUGCUGUAAAGAACUUCAGAUGGAGCUCCCCAGUGUGUUCAAAAACAAGUACAUGUUCAUGCCAGAUGUAUUGAGCACAUCUCAGACUCCGACAAAGUACACGGAUAUAUGGAAGCAGGAGAAGUCGUGUCUAGGUGGGGGCUUUGCUGCAGUGAAUCCAAAUGGCUAUGGGGUCUCCUAUAUCAUUGUUGGAGAAGAUCUCAUCCUUUUCCAUGUGAGCGCAAACAAGUACUCCGAGGAGACGUCAGCGCACAAAAUGACCGACGCCAUCAUGGACUCCAUGAAUGAAAUACGGGAUCUGCUUAACUAAAUCCAAGCUGUAGAAGAAGGAAAUAUUUUUUAUUUUGACAUUCUGUAAGCUUAAACAAUUAGGCAUUGCAAUGUGGUGAUGAUUACACAUGUAGCUUACAGAUUAAAUAUACCUUUAGUGAAGUUACACAGCUAUAAAGACUGUUAAAAUGUUUUGCAGGAUAAUGUGAAUCUUUACCAGUGAUAUUUGAAAUCAUCCCUGUGAGUAACAUGUAUUUUUAAAACAAUUGAAAUCUAGAAUGGUGUUUAUCUUACAUCAAACUGUACUUUAUUUUUAAAGAGUUAACAGCAAGAUUUUCAUAUACAUAUAUUUCAUGUUUGCCAUUGAAAACUUACUUCCUAAAUGUUUUAUAUAUUUUAUACCUUAGGUGUUAUUUACAGUGCUCUUAACAGUCCAGAGUCUACUUUUAAAUGUUUGAAAAUGUAAGCACCAUUAUUUUAAUAGUACUGUUACUGUUAUGUUUUAGCCUCGUUUUAAAAAGGGCAGGGUGCUGCAGAAAAAGGGACAGGGUGCUAAGGGUUUAAAGGGCACACUGCAUCAGGAUGUGAAAAACUUCAAUAUUGUAAUCAUGACAAAAAUUGUUUGUGAAAUAUGAGUAAUUGAAGUAGUUUAAUUUUCAACUGCCAGAUAUAUUAAGUUUGUUUGUAUUAAGUAUCAUUGAAAAUGUUUUAUUGUUUUAUAACUAAAUUAAAGAAAAAAAUUAUUAUUUAAAGCAUUCAAUUCUAGAAGGCAGAAGGGUGCACAUGUCAGUCUCCUUGAGGGCACCAAAUAUGGCAGGGUGCAGCAUCCUCCAUAUACUCAUUAGCUAAAACCAUAACUGUAUUGAAAAAACCUUGUUAUGUUAUCAAUGUUUAUACGACAAAAAAUUGUAAGGUCAAGAAUUUCUGCGGAUACUUAGCGAGUGUCAGAAAUAUAAUUUCUUGCAAUUUGAAAUAAACCUUAUAGCUGCACUCUCACAGAUUUACCGUUUUUACAGCUUUGUUAUUUUUUGUCUUGGAAAAAGCAAUUUUUCUGCAAACUAGUGAUAAAAGACUGCUGACAAAUGAGAUCCCAGAUUUUCAUAUUUCAGUUCGAAAACUAAUGUUUAAUGGCUUGAAGCAUAGUUGUCAAAAGUUGUCAAAACAUUCAGUCUGUGAGAGUGCAGCUUUAAUUUAUUUCCAACUUAACUAUUUGGUAAAAAAAUAUCUCAUUACAACAAAAUGAACAAAACAUUCGAAAAAUUGAUUGAAACAUCAUUGAUAAGAUGGUUGAAUUAUGUAUAGUGAAAUAGAUAUCAUUUGUGACUGAUGAUUUACCACUAUAUGUUGAUGACCAGCAAACAUUCUUAUCCUGAUAUUAAGCACAAAUGGCUCAUGAAAAUAUGUGUUGACAAGUGAUUUGUUGCAUGACUUGAAAUUGUUUAGUGUUGUUUUAAUGAUGCGUUAUUUUAAUUAUUAUUAAUGUACACAUGUAGUUUGCUGCUGUGAUUCAUUUUUAAAUCUGCUCAGGACUCCAUAUUUCACAACCGUGGGUCCUGAGCACACACCUAACAGUCCAAAGCUUUGCUAUAUGCAUAUAUAUCACUGAAAAAAGUGCAUCUCCAGGAUGUACGUGUUUGGGAAUAAUGAGUCCUCAGGACGGACUUGGGAAGUGCAGCAAAAUGAAUCCCUGUAAAUGCUUUCUUUACUUUAAAGUCAUUAUAGUCUGUUCUGGCUUUCAGUUUAAGAGGCAGAUGUAUUUUCAUCUGUGAAUCUCUCACACCAUUAUGUACACUUAUUGUGCAAACUGGUCCAUAAAUAUAAGCAUGCAAUAUUGUGCAAACUGGUCCAUAAAUAUGAGCAGGCAAUGCUGUGCAAACUGGUCCAUAAAUAUGAGCAUGCAUUGCUGUGCAAACUGAUCAAUAAAAAUGAGCAAUGUUGUGUGAACUGGUCCAUAGAUACAAGAAACCAAGGCUGUGCAAACUGGUCCAUAAAUAUGAGCAGUCAAUGUUGUACAAACUGGUCCAUAAGUAUGAGCAGGCAAUGCUGUGCAAAGUAGUCCAUAGCUAUGAGAAAGCAAGGCUGUGCAAACUGGUCUAAAGAUAUGAGCAUGUUUGUUGUUCAACGUACCGAGGAUGGAGGUAGCCAUGUAAAUACUGCUAAUAUGAGAGUCCCUUUGUAAAAGCUAGUUUUAAUGCCUGUAUUAAGGAGUGCAGAGUUCACAAAGCUUAUUCAAAAUGGUAAAAUUGUUGUUAUUUUACUAACAAUUUACAUUGUAUAGCACAACGCUUUCAACAUGGACUAAGAGGGUUCUUGUUGUGGCAAAAGCUUGCAGUCAAUCAGUAUGUCUGAUAGUGGUUACAGAUAUGUUUUUGUUAUAGAUUCUUUUAUGUGCCACACAAAGUCAUGGAUUUAGUUUUUUUUAAAUGAUUCACAAACCUUAUUUGUUUUUUGUUUUCUUUCUGUUAUAUUUGUUUUAAUUGGUGAUAAACUCAACAUAUAUUUACAAAUGUAAAGUUCUUUUAAUAUAUUACUUUUAUAUACAAAUCAUUUCAAAUGGCUGUAAAUCUACUUUCUGUGAUAAGUGUUUAUUACAGACCUGUUUAAAACCACCCCUUAUCUGUCUUAUUUUGCAUUAUGUACUUUUAUGACUGAUGAAGGUAUAAGUAGAUUAAAUGCUUUGUGCGAACAAAGACAUUGGUAAAACCUAUCUAAUGUUAUUGCUGCGUAAACGGGCAAAUUGCAUAGUUAGAUCGUGAUCUGUUACACUAUGUAACGAGCAAUAAUACAACAGCUGUGUGAGGCAGAAUGUGUCUUUUUGUAACACUUUGUUACAUUCCAAAUAUCCAUCUAAGUUAUAGAUUAAAAGCAUAGGGUCUUCUUCAAGCAUUUGUAAAGCUAGUUGGAAUGACUAAACGUAUGGAUAGAUAUCUGUUACGAAGAAAGAUAUUGGUAUAAAAAUUGCUCAUUGCAUAAAGCAUCACAUAUAUUGUUGUUUUUCAACGAAAUUUGAGAGCGUUCUGAUAAUACAUGUACAACUGUCCCCUGCUAAGUGUUUACAAUAAGACUCAUGAAAGCAAAAAUAUUGAUUCAACAUGAACAUUUUGGUAUUGUAUGCUGUGUUUAGAUUUGUUUCUGUUUUUGUUUUCAUAUAAAACCAGCACAUGCAUCUGUUUAUGUACAUGUAAUAGUUUUGUUCUUUUGUAUGAUCAUGUAUUUGCAUAACAAUUAUAUCGGCUGUGGUAUUUAUUUUCAUCUACGUACAUUUAUUUCUUGAUCAUACAUUUAUAUCACAUUGAUUACUUCCUGAAAUUGUGUUCCUGAUGUAAAUUCAUACACCAAUAUUCGAUAUAUAGAACUGUCUUUGUCAUUAAAAUCAUCGUUUGAAUAAUUCUGCUUGUUUGCAAACUUACUUGCAUUUCUUAAUACUUUGUAUUGCUGCUUUUUGUAGAUUGAGCUUUUUAUUUAUCAUUUAGUAUAUAUGUGAUUUUGGGUCAUAUAUGCAUGAUGGCUUAGUUUAUAUUGUUAUGUAUUCAUUUCACAAUAAAUGUACAAGAAAUGGC